CCUCCCUCAUAAAAUCAAAAACACAAAAACCCCAUUUCUCCAUUUGAGGAAAGUUCAAAACUUUCUUGUCUUUCUUACAAACCCCAUCAAUUUUUUUCUUAAGAUCUUGCUUUGAAAUCAAAAGGGUUUGUGGGGAAUUUGUGUGAACUCAAAAACCCAUAAGUUAAAAACUCCAUUUUUACAGACAAUGGUUCUUGAACUUAACAGGUUCAUCAGCAGAAACCUGUGGAGAUUUCACUCUGUUUUUGACCAAAAAACCAUUGUGGAUAAAAGCUUCUAUUUUUGGAUCUUCCAUAUUUUCAAUAGAUACAGUUUCAAUACUUAACCAAAGAGUUAAAAGAACAAAUCAGCUCAUUUUUACUUCAGUGAAUUUGUAGUUGCUUUUUUUUUCUUCUUUUUCUUUUUUUAGUGUUUUUUUCAUUUUAGUGGUAAAAGAAUGGGAAGUGGUUCUCUUCCACCAGGCUUCAGAUUUCACCCAACAGAUGAAGAAUUGGUUGGUUAUUAUCUCAAAAGAAAAGUUGAAGGACUUCCUAUUGAACUUGAAGUCAUUCCUGUUAUUGAUUUGUAUAAAUUUGAUCCUUGGGAACUCCCAGAGAAAUCUUUCCUUCCGAAACGAGAUAUGGAGUGGUUUUUCUUCUGUCCACGGGAUCGAAAAUACCCGAAUGGAUCGAGAACAAAUCGAGCUACUAAAGCUGGCUAUUGGAAAGCUACUGGAAAAGAUAGGAAGAUCAACUGUCAAUCUUCUGUGAUGGGAUAUCGAAAGACACUUGUUUUCUAUCGCGGUCGAGCGCCGUUGGGUGAUCGAAUGGAUUGGGUUAUGCACGAGUAUCGACUUUGUGACGAUUUCUCUCAUGGAACUCCUAAUUUUAAGGGUGCUUUUGCUUUGUGUCGUAUUGUGAAAAAGAAUGAAAUGAAGAAGGACAAUCAUCGAGAACCGAAGGGCAAUGUCGUUGGGAGCAGUCAAGCUAGUGAAGAUUCGACAUCAACGAGAAUAGAAGUCGCGAAUGAACGACUGUCAAAUAUUUUGGAAGACAACUUGUCUCAGUCCAAUAUUUUCCUCACAAACGAGAGUCGUUUGUCAAGUCCAAUGACAACUUUGUACGACACGAAUCCAAUGUCUCGGUAUAGCACGACGAUUAUGGAGGCAGAUCCUGAAAAAAUAUGGAUCUCACCUGAUUUGAUUCUUGACUCAUCUAAGGAUUAUCCUGAAAUGCAAGGAGCUAUGUCUAUGUGCUUUCCUCAAUACGAGUACUCGGGUUCAACGAUACCGUGGCAGUCACAUGAGCACACGGAAAUAUCUCCAAGUUCAUCGUACUCGAACUGUACAGGCAACAUAGAGCUUGAGGACAAUCUAAAUCAAAUCGGUGGUUGCAUAUCACCAUAUUCAACACAUCUAAACUAUAUGCAACUUAACAUAAAUGAACAAGGUUUAGACCUCAAAAAUUCACAAAAAUAUCCAAAUUACUUCUGAAAGAGAACUAAAACAAUGAAGAUCGUCUAGUAGUCAGAAAAUCUCUUUAACAAACCUUCACCUUCAAGCAUUGUGUGAGAUUGAAGUCUCGAAGGGGUCCCGAAGCCAACGCCUUUUAAUGUCGGUCUUCGAUGCGGGAAUAAAACAAAGUUCCAUAUAUGUUAUAUGCAGGAUGCAUGUUUGAGCAAAAAAUUGUUUGGGUUUAGAAGGUAUAAUUAAUUACAAGAGUUUUUGGUUUGUAGUCCCUGGUGAUAUCUCUUUUAAUGAUUGAGCCAGAGAGGUCUUUUUUCUUCACCUUCUUACUUUGAGCUUUUUUAUUGUAUGCCAUAACUUUUGAUUUCCUCACCUUGUAAUGUAACUUAGCUUAUUUGUUUUAGAAGUUUUUUCGUCCAUUUUGAGCUCGAGUUUGUGUAUUUUGAACUUAUCAAAAUGGUUUUUAUGCAACAAAAAUAUUCUAAG